UUGUUAGAUGAGAAAUGAAAGUUGACAGUUGACAGUGGAAACGCAUUGUUGCCCGUAAGUGUAUUUAGAUGUCACUUAGCUUUCUGUCUCUAGUAAAGAACAGACAGGAAUCUUUGUUUAGACCAAUGACAUAUUACAGUAACAGACAACGAACCUUGAACUCGGUCCCAGUAGUUCCGCAUCCCGUUUGCUAACGAUUGCUGUAGCAACUGGGAUAAACUGCAAUUAAAAGCGAUCACUGCAAUUAAAACUGACAACGAAUGUUAAACAUGACAAUGACGAUAAGAACCACAACAAAACCAAUCGACUACUUGUUUGGUAAUUCAUCACAAAUCACCCACCAUCCAACGAGUCCUACUCGUUCGGACUACUCUGCCAGGCUGCUGCUGCCUGUUGCCAAUGGAUGCUAACGCAUGUGGCUAAUCAAAUCAAUGAGUUUUUUCCCUCACAUACCAAGCACGGAGUUGGUUGGUAUUCAUUCGCGUUUAUAUAUCUCCUUGUACCAGUUACAAUAAGUAAUGUUAUCCAUGUGAUUUUAAUACCCAAGUCAUUGCGCUCUGGUGACAAGGUCCUGUUAAUUAUCUUUACUCUGCCACUGAUCACCGACACGAAAUGAUUCUCAGUCACAACUAAAUGCUAAAGACUCCGAUCUAUCCAACAGUUUUCAUAUUAUUUUUCUUUCUAACAAAGCAAUGCACUUAUGGAUAGCUGCUGGUCUAUCACUGCGGACUGUUAAACGCUUUUCAAAGAGGGCAAUAAAGUUAUAACGAUAUCAUCCGAAACCAAUCAUGAACCGGCUACAUCCUACAUUGAAUGCGAGCAAAAUAGAAAGCUGGUUGGAUGCCAAUCCUGAGUGUGCCUGUGAUUAUUUUCUUCGGAAAGCUGACAUAACUCUAAUAAACAAAUGGUUGGUUCUCCAUGGCUUCCAAUCGCUUCAAGAAUUUAUAAUCAAAAGAAAGGGAUCCUCUGGUCAAGAAAGUCUGACACCCACAUCUCCUAAUGACUUAAAGUGUAACAAUGAACAAGCUUUCUUCUCAGAAUCCAAGCACCAUAGAUCUAAUUCUAAGAAACAUUUACGUCAAGAUUUUGCAAAGUCAAAAUUACGCAAUAUAUUCCGUACAUAUUGCCCAUCGACAUAUACUUUUGAUUCAAAUACUGAGGCCAGGCGGAGCAGUUUAAAGGAGAUGCGCCAGUUUCGUUCUUUACCGCCGACCUCCUUAAAUAUGCUUAGCAUGCUCAUUGAGUCAAAGAUCCGGAUUCCACGCUACCCCAGCAAGGACAUUGACAUGAAACGGGAAAUGUUCCAUUUGGAUGAAAAAGAUUUCUUUUUAGAAAUAGUAAAAGAUAUCUCGAAUGAUUUGAACCUUGCCAGUUUGAGUGCGAAAAUUGUGGCCAACAUUAGCAUCCUUGUAGAUGGUGAUAAAGGAUCACUCUUUUUGGUUGAUAAAUCAAUAAAAGAGAAACCUGUUUUGGUGUCCAAAAUCUUCGAUGUCCAUUCUGGUACUACCCUGAUGCCAUCAGUUACAACCGAUGCUAGUAUUACAGUUCAGUGGGGAAAAGGGAUAAUCGGUCACGUGGCUGAAGUGGGAGAAACUGUAAAUAUCGGGAACGCCAGUGAGGAUCCCAGAUAUAAUGAUGAAGUUGAUAGAAUAUUAGGUUACAAAACCGAAUCUCUCUUGUGUAUGCCAAUAAGGAAUUCAGGUGACGAAAUUGUUGGAAUCGCGCAAAUCAUCAAUAAACGAGGAGGCCCUGAUGAAAAGAAUUUAUUCACCAAAGAAGACGAAAAGCUUCUAGCAACUUACACAACAUUCUGCGGAAUCGCCAUUCAAAAUGCACAGCUAUUUGACGCAUGCAGUCGAGAAUAUGAGCGAAAUAAGGCACUUUUAGAAGUUGUGCAUGACCUGUUCGAAGAACAAACCAACCCAGAUGGAUUAAUCUUGAAAACUAUGAACCGGGCACAGACUUUACUGAAAUGUGAACGCUGUUCAGUAUUUUUACGAGAUGGAACUUCCGAGACGUCCUUCAAAAAGGUUUUCGAUCUGGCCAAUCCUUUGACGAACGGUCAUUCCGCAAAGCAACAAGAAGACACAUGUAAUAUUGGAGGAAGUAUUCCUGAACUAGUUCUCCUUACCGGCGAAUCUAUCAACAUAAGUGAUGCUUAUCAAGAUUCCAGAUUUGAUCAGACGGUUGAUAAGAUGACAGGAUUUCAUACUAGGAGUAUCCUUUGUAAGCCAAUAAGAAAUAGUGAUUUCGAAAUAAUAGGAGUAGCGGAAGUGGUGAACCGAGUCGAUGGAUACCCCUUUGAUGAUCAAGAUGACCAACUAUUUGAAGCAUUCGCUAUAUUUUGUGGUCUUGGUAUUAACAAUGCCAUACUCUAUGCGGAAGUAUCAUUGGCUGCUGCCAAGCAGCAAGUUGCUCUUGAGAUGCUGUCUUAUCAUGCUUCGAUAACACCAGAGGAACUAAUGAAACUGAAGGCUGACUCUAUACCAGAAGCAGAACAUCUCAAGCUGACAGAUCUUCGAUUCGAUGACUUUUCAUUGCGAACAGAUGAUAUGGUCCAAGCUAGUGUACGAAUUUUUAUGGACCUCGGACUCGUCAGAAUCUUUCGAAUUGAUUACGAGACAUUGUGCCGUUGGCUACUGACAAUCAGAAAGAAUUACCGAAAUGUUGCAUAUCACAACUGGAGACAUGCCUUUAACGUGUGCCAGGUGAUGUUUUCUAUCGUAAAGACAUCCCGUAUUCAGAAGCAGUUAAGUGAGAAAGAAGUUUUAGCCCUCAUAGUCGCCUGUCUUUGCCAUGAUUUGGAUCACCGAGGAACGAACAACGCUUUCCAACAUAAGUCGAGUUCAGCUUUAUCUCAGUUAUACGGUACGAAGGCAACUCUAGAACACCAUCAUUUCAAUCAUGCCUUAAUGAUACUCAAUAGUGAUGGCCACAAUUUGUUCGCCAACUUAAGUUCAGAAGAUUACGCAGAGGUUAUUAAUCUGUUAAAACAAGCAAUAUUAGCAACGGAUAUCUCUUUGCAUCUGCAAAUACGGUCAAAGUUUUUUGAUAUGAUCGAUAAGGAAGUGAAGCCGCUUGAAGACAAGAAUCAAAACGAAAUUCUCAGAAGUAUUUUGAUGACAACUUGUGAUAUCGCAGCCAUAACAAAACCGUGGAUUGUACAACGACGAGUUGCAGAUUUAGUGAUGUCGGAAUUUUUUGAUCAAGGUGACAAAGAACGAAAAGAACUGAAGAUUGAACCCAUGGCACACAUGGACCGCGGGAAUGAGGAAGAACUUCCUAAAUUACAAUUAGGUUGGAUUGAUUCAAUAUGCCUACCUCUUUAUCAGGCCCUGGCACGUCUUGACGGUGCAUUUGAAACCAUGGCAAACGGAGUCUUAGAAAAUCGAAACCAGUGGCUCCAACUGGAGUCAGAGCGCCUUAAAAGCAGAAAAUGUUAUAAAAAAAUAGAAACAGGUGUAUAGACGAUACUUAUACCUUCAUAUAUACACGCAAAUAUAUAAAGAUAUCUCUUGUACAUGGAAUUUAUGAAUACAGAGUUAUGCAUCCAAAAUUUUUUGUAGUCAGUGGAAGAAAAAUAUAUAAUUUGUUUAUGAAUUCAUCAUAUCGAAUACAUUUUGCGUCUAACUUUUAGAAGAUAUUUAUACAUAUAUAAUUUGUUAUUCAAGAUAUAGAGAUAAUUCAAAUUAUAAAAUUCAGAAUGUGGAUGUUAUGAAUGAUAUGGUGGUGGGAAUAGCAAUGACUUCAAAUUUUGGCACGAGGCACAUCGGCUCUGAUGCUCGGAUCUUUUCGGUUUGAACGGCAGUUUUUAACAUAAUUUCUAGGUAACUAAAAAAUUUAAAAC